GCAGAAAGUCAUGGAGACACACGUUCAACAGAAACGGUACCGCGUGGACGAGGCUAACGAGUCAGACCCAUCACCCGUGAUUCAUGUUCGUGGUCUACCUUCACACACACUGGAGAUUGACCUUGUCCGCCUAUUUGAGACUUUUGGAGUGGUGCGUGAGGCAACCAUGCUACCACAGCGUAGACAAGCCUUGGUGGAAUUCCUUUCAACUUCGACAGCACAAGCCUGUGUAGACUCUGCUUCUCGAAGCCCCCUACGCAUCAACGAACAGGAAAUUCAGGUUACUUUCAGCACGUCGAGACGCAUCAUUCAACGUGCUGGUGACAAAAGUCCUCAAGAUCUAGUUUCCGAGACCAUGGAGAAUCAUGUUCUUCUUUAUACAAUAUUCAACGUUUGCCACCCGGUCACCAUUGACGUUAUCAGACAAGUCACAAUGCCCUACGGCACUGUUGUUCGCAUUGUGAUGUUUCGUAAGACGCAACUUCAGGCUAUGGUUGAGAUGAAGACCAUAGACGAAGCGCGCCAAGUAAAGCGGAAUAUCAGUGGUGCUGACAUUUUUUCCGAUUGCUGUACUCUUAAAGUGGAUUACGCUCGUCCCACACGGUUGACAGUUUUGCGGAACGAUGCCGAUUCAUGGGAUUAUGAGAAGACCGGUCCAGCUUUGUUGGAUGUCUACCCGACUAACGGACAUAGGACCAGCGGUUCUUUAUUGGGUUGCUACCGUGAUCAUUCUCAGCCACAGGCGCAGCAACCACUUGGUACAGACGCAUACUUGUAUUAUCCGUCUCCGUUGAACCGCUGUCUCAUUGACCGCCCGCAAGAAAGCGAAUUAUCGACAUCUCACUCGCAGACCUCCGUGGCAAUGAUGUACAACCUGGACAAAGAACGAAUGAAUUGUGAUCGGCUUUUCAAUCUACUCUGUCCUUAUGGACAUGUUGUGCGGAUCAAAUUUCUACUUUCCAACGAAGGCUGCGCCAUGGUCCAAAUGGGCGACACUCAAUCGGUUGAUCGUCUCAUUACCCAUUUAUCCGGAUGCACACUUAUCGGUCGACCAUUACUCAUCCGACCCAGCAAGCAAAUCAGCAUUAUGGACGUUCCACAUCCCUUUGACCUUCCCGACGGCUCUCCAUCCUUCAAAGACUUUUCUCAAAGCAUUAACAACCGUUACUCUCCAUCGCAGCCGAUCGCAAAGAAUCGCUCACUCAAACCUUCCAUGGCCCUGCAUUACUGGAAUUGUCCUCUUUCAUUCUGUCUGGAUGAUAUCCGAGCUAUCUGUGCUGAAUUGGAUGUGCCCUCACCAACCGAAAUGAUACCUUACUCGAAAAACAACGGGCGCACCUCAUCUGGUUUGAUUCAGUGGGAUAAAGAAUCUGAUGCUUUAAUGGCCCUGACCAUUUUGAAUCACCACACCAUCGCCACUCAUGAACUCCCGCAGUCGUUCACUUUGAAGUUGUCCUUCGCCAGUGACCUUAAUCCCAGCCACGGCAGAUAGCACCCUGGUGGCUCAGAUGUUUCAUCUACCCCUCCACGGCAACAAAUUAUGAUAUUUUAACGUCACUGUCGUACGCACAGAUACAACAAUAAACAUGCACACAGCUUCGCCGCACACACACACACAUUCCGGCAGCUAUUGGUUCAACUACCACUUGCACUUCCGUAGUUGAUUAUGCCCACGACGCUGUAUCUGUUACUUCCAAGUCCUGGUGGUCACAUAGUAUCAUUUGCAAGUUUCAUGGUCCCGGUUUUUCCAGGUUUACACCUUGUUCGAUCUAUUCACUCCCUAUGACCUGACUACCCUCCCCUUGGACCACGUUCCUAUUGGUAUCAGAAAUUAGAGACAAACGUGUUACUAGCACUUUUUUAAUUUGCUACCUUGUUUUGCAAUGCAUCAAACGCUUCGAGUUAUCGGGACGGAUGGGAGUUAGCUGCAAUAGUUUUUCAGCCGUUUUUCUGUCAUGACAUUUUACCAGAAGUUUUAACUGGCAGCUUCCUUGUUUCUCCUAUUGUAAUGCAGCUCAACACCAUAUAGGCACCGAAAAACGUUG